GUGCCGUUCGAAUGUCCGGGAAUUCUUUGAACCGUACAACUCAUCACAUACUUGUAUAAGUGCGUGGCUCGAGAAGGCUGUUCUGUUAUCUGCGCCGAGUUUUUUACCCGUCAAAGCCAAGUGCAGCAAACUGGAGUCUCUAACGAGAACAACCCCCAUCUAAUCCCGGAUCUUUGAUAAACGCAGUACAUUGUACUGUAAAAACUUGCAACGAAAUAGGACUUUUCUUUCUGAGCAGUAACAACAAGCGGACAGGCAGUAAGGAUGGAGGAUUCAACAAACCCAAUGGCAGGAAUGGAUCAGCAGCAGUUGUUGGCGGGGGCCGGUAACGCGGGCUACGAGAACAACGGUUCGGGACCGGCAACGACACCCUGCUACGAUGAUCUGUUCCCGGCACUGCCGGAGAGUGAGCCGCCGCGCUUUAACAGCACCUUGUCGCCGGCCACGCAGAACAUGCGCGUCGGCAGCUCGAUCGUGACGCAGGUGUUUAUCGUCGCGUCCGGCGAGCGCAAGUACGACUCGGACAAGUUCGGCGAGGGCGAGUCGCUGCGCACGUGCCAAUCGAUCAUGAAGGAAACGAAUGCACACAUCGAGAUCUCGAGCGGCAAGGACCAUUCGCUGACGUUCCUGGUGACGGGUAAGGUGCAUGAAGUGCUCGAGGCUCGCCGCAAAAUUCGGGUACACUUCCAGACGCAGGCAAGCAAGACGAUCAACAUCCCGCGCGAGCACCAUCGCUGGAUUCUCGGCAAGAAGGGUGAUCGUUUGCGCGAGCUGGAACGCACGACCGCGACCAAGAUCAAUGUGCCGCGCAUUAGUGACGAAUCCGAUGCGAUCACCAUACUCGGUACGAAGGAGGGCAUCGAGAAGGCGGAACAUGAGAUCCGCACGAUGUCGGACGAGCAGUCGCGCAAGGCGUUCGAGCGGUUCAACGUGCCGAAAAUCUACCAUCCGUUCGUACUGGGCGCGUACGGUGAGAAUCUGCAGAAGAUGAUGGAGGAAACGGGCGCGAAGAUCAAUGUGCCGCCACAAUCGGUGCAGAAGGACGAGAUCAUCAUCACGGGCGAGAAGGAGGGCGUACUGGCGGCGAAAGCACGCAUCGAAGCCAUCUACAAGGAGAUGGAGAAGAAGUGUACGUCCGUCGCGGUGGAGGUGGUACGAGCGCAGCACAGAUACGUGUACGGACCGCGCGGAUCCACCAUCCAGGAGAUACUGCAGACGACGGGCGUCUCUGUGGAGAUGCCGCCGAGCGAUUCGCCCAGCGAUACGAUUACGCUGCGCGGUCCCCAGGACAAGCUGGGCAAUGCGCUGAACGUGGUGUACCAGAAGGCGCACUCGAUUCGCACGGAGGUGCUCGAGUGUCCGCAGUGGAUCCACAAGUACAUCAUCGGUCGCGAAGGUGGUCAUAUCAAGGAGUUCUCCGUCAAGCAUCCGAACGUGCAUGUGGAGUUUAGCGAGGACAAGAUCAAGAUCGAUGGACCGCCGGAACAGGUGCUGAUCGCUGCCGAGGAGCUGCAAACGAUGGUGAACGAUUUGACCGGCCGGCUGCGGCUGGCCGAGAUGGUGGUCGAUCCGGUACACUGCAAGCACAUCAUCGGUAAGGCGGGCUCCAACAUCAACCGCAUGAAGGAGGAGUACGACGUGCAGAUCAACAUCGACGAGAAGGGUGCCAAACCGAUCCGUAUCGAGGGCCCGAUCGAGGGUGUGGCCAAGGCGCAACAGGAGCUGCUGGAGAAGAUUGCGAAAUGGGAAAACGAAAAGGAGGAAUCGAUCAUCAUCGAUCACCGGCUGUUCAAGACGAUCAUCGGUGCGAAGGGUGAAACGAUUCGCGAGAUACGCGAAAAGCACAACCAGGUGCAGAUCGUUUUUCCCGGCCCGAACGACAAGUCGGACAUCGUGAAGAUCCGCGGCAUGAAGGAGGACGUCGACCGGUGUCACAAAUAUCUGACGCAGUACGUGAAGGAGCUGCAGAAGAACUCGUUUGUGCUGGAGGUGCCGGUGUUCAAGCAGUUCUUUAAGUACAUCGUCGGCAAGGGUGGCGCCAACAUCAAGAAGAUCCGCGACGAAACGCAGACCAAGAUCGAUUUGCCGUCCGAGAGUGAUACGAACGAGGUGAUCCUGAUCACCGGCAAGCGCGAGAAUGUAAAUGAGGCGCGCGACCGCAUCCAGAAGAUCCAGAACGAGAUGUCCAACAUUGUGUCGGAGGAGGUGACGAUCCCGGCCAAGCAUCAUUUCUCGCUGAUCGGAACAGGUGGUAUGCUGAUUAACUCCAUCAUGGAGGAAUGUGGCGGUGUUUCGAUCAAAUUCCCGAACUCGGAUGCCAAGAGUGACAAGGUGGUGAUUCGCGGCCCGAAGGAGGAUGUGGAGCGUGCCAGGCAGCAGCUGCUAGAGCUGGCCAGCGAGAAGGAGCUGUCGUCCUACUCGGUGCAGAUCCGUGCCAAGACGCAGCAUCACAAGUAUCUGAUCGGCAAGAAUGGUGCUUCCAUUAAGAAGAUUCGUGACAAGACCGGUGCUCGGGUCAUCUUCCCAGGUGUUAACGAUCAGGACAACGAAGUAAUCACGAUUAUCGGCAAAAAGGAACAGGUCGAGGAGGCGAAGGCUGAUCUGGAAGCAAUUAUCAAGAACAUCGAUAACAUCGUCGAGGAUGAAAUGAUCGUCCUUCCGAAGUACCACAAACACUUCAUCUCGAACCGUGGCAAAGUGUUGCAUCGUAUCGAGGAGGAAUGCGGCGGCAUGUCGAUUUCGUUCCCGCGCAUGGACCGUGACGAUCGUAACGAUCGCGUCAAGCUAAAGGGCCCGAAAGACUGCAUCGAACCGGCCAAGCAGCGCAUCAUGGAGAUCGUGCAGGAGCUCGAGUCGAUGGUUACGAUCGAGUGCUACAUUCCUGCCCGCCACCAUCGUAUAAUUAUGCGCCGUGGUGGCUCAAAGGUGCAGGCUAUCACGUCCGAGUUUGGUGUUAACAUUCGAUUCCCGGAGCGUGGCACCGCCAACAAUAUGGACGUGGCCCCAGCUGCGGUCGAUCCGGCACAGCAGCAGAAUGGCAACGGCGAUGCGGUGCCGGUUGGAGAAAAUGCGACGGACGCUGGUGCGGUUGUGAAUGGGGCCGGCGAACAGCAGCCAGCCGAACCGGUCCAGCGUGCCUCGGAUUUGGUUCGAAUCAGCGGCAACGAGGAAAAAUGCGAGUUGGCGAAGGAAGCACUGCUCGCGUUGGUUCCGCUGACCGAGGAAAUCAAUGUACCGUGCGAUCUGCACCGUUCCCUGAUUGGACAGAAGGGUCGCGACGUGAAGGAGCUGAUGAACACGUACGAUGUGCAUAUCGAGAUGUCACCGCAGGACAAAAAGCUCGACAUCAUCAAGGUGACGGGUACGAAGACGGCCAUCGCCGAGGCAAAGGAAGCGAUUGCCGAGCGCAUCAAGCACCUGGAGGCGGAUCGGAAGGAUCGCGAACUGCGCUCGUUUGAGGUCAAGCUGGAGGUGGAUCCCGUGUACCAUCAGAAGAUUAUUGGCCGACGUGGUGUGGUUAUCAACAAGAUACGCGCCAACCACGAUGUGCAGAUUACCUUCCCGAAGCAGGAUGAUCCACAGAACAGCGUCAUCACGAUCCAGGGCUACGAGGAGAAGGCAUUGGCUGCACGGGACGAAAUCCUAGCCAUGGUGGAUACGCUCAGCUCGGUGUACAAGGAGGAGAUCCAUCUGGACGAACGCGUGCACCGACGCUUCAUCGGUUUCCGUGGCAAGCGGCUGCGCGAGAUUAAGGAGCUGUACAAUGUGGAUAUUACCUUCCCGCGCAUGGAUGAUGCGGACAAGUCGCUGGUUACGCUCGCGGGCACCCCGGACAACGUAGAGGCGUGCCGCGACUACCUGCUCAAUCUGGAGGAAGAGUUCCUGCAGGACGUGUCGGCUGCACCGACCCAGCCAACAUCCUUCUCGCAGAUCAUGGAAGAUACGAUGGCAAACCAACAAACCAACAAGCAAGGCUUCGUUGUGAGCGGCGCACCGUGGGAGCGUAAGGCGGCACCCAACACCCAGUCGCUGGAGGACUUCCCUGACUUUGGUGGCCUCGGCGGUGGUCCGGGUGGUCCGGCCGCCACCAAUGUCGACACCAACACGCAGACGCCAAUCAACUCCGCCUGGAAUGCCAAGCAUUAAGCGGGGUGACAUGUAAGGUGAGGUGCCGAAUGUUUUUGUUCAUUUAAUUGCCCCUACCUGUUCGCAAAAGGAUUUUCAACGCGUCAACCGACCCGGUCCCGGCAAAGGCAACCCGACGAAAUCUUACAAAAGCAAUCAUUUAUUAGAAGAGAAAUUAUCUUUUAAGUAGUAUAUCAACACCCCGGGGGCCAUAAGUCCCUUCCCUUGCCCCUUUUCCCUCCGCUACUACGCAAAUCGAGCGAGAUCACUUCGGGAACGGUGAAAAUCCUAUGGAACUUAGUGGUAAGCAUCGUGGCACGUGUAGCUGAAGCUCAAUCGAACGGCGGCCAGAUAAAGGGUGUAAUAUUGAGGUGUAAAGGACGAGUGCAUAGGGUAUGUGUGAAAUGAAGCUACGUGCAAAAUUUAAACCCGUCUGUCGACGCAAUGCAACUAGAGAACGGCAUAGGGCGCAAUCUGUGUGAUCCCGUGACACUGAUGCUGCCGCAUUGCAAACACACAUAGGAACUCUGUAUCAUAACUUUCUAAGGUCCAUCCCCCAUCCCCUCUUCCCCCUUAAUAAUAAAGACAACACAACCUACCAACAACAAAACAUGUUUUGCUCAUCCGGCACAAUAGUUUCGUCUCUACUGUGCAAGAAUCCGCUGGCGAAAUCCUUCAUAGGAGAGGGACAAAUGAAGUAUGAAAUAGGGAAGAAUGUUUGUGGUUUGAUUGUUUUUGCUUUACUGUUGUGAAUUGUCAAUUUUUCCUCCACUGCGCACGUUUAGUACGAGAGGAGACAGGGAGAGUGAGCGAGAAGCGAUAGAGAAUUAGUAGACUAAACGUAAAUAGUAGUGGAAAAGUAAUCCCUCUUUGCUUACACCGACACCUUCUUUCCUUGCAAAACCCCUGUAGCAGCAUCGAUUGUGUUACGUUUGUUACUCUGUUUUCUGAUCGCGUGCGUAAACGUUUUACAUGUACUUUUUUCUGUUUUCUAUCGCAAAUGUAACGUUUUGCAAAUUUAUCAAUCUGGAUAAUGUGAAAGGACUUGAGAUUAGGAAGUAAACAAAACAAAAAAGUGUAAUGAAGAAGAAAAAAAAGAUAGGAAAGAGAGAUAUAUACACACAAUAUAUAUAUAAUAUAUAUAUACAUAUUUUGAUAAUCAAAUAUUAUUUUCACUGUCGUAUAAAGACACGGUCUGUGUGUGCGGCACGUAUUCGCGCGUGUGUAUGGUUUGGUACGGUUAGAAAUGUUGGCACCUUCCGUCGUUCCUCUCUAGAAACAGGUGAAACAGAGCUAAAGACACCAAAACAAAAAAAGCAAAUGUGACGAAAAAUGGUGGUAACAUAAAGCAGCACGGCAUAAGAAAAACGGGAAAAGCAUACAUAAACACAGAGACACACAUGCAAAACAAUAAUAAAAGAGUAAACGGAGGGAACUAAACUCGUCAAAGUGGUGAAGGAGAGAAAAAAGGGAUGCGUUCUACGGUGAAGCUAAACGCCGAACAAGAGAAAAAUCUGCAAUUAGAUGAAAUGAAGGAGCACCCCGAAAGAGAACUAAUUAUACACUCUAUAUAUAUAUACAUAUUGAACCUUAUAGCGAUAAAAGAAGAGGAAAAAAGAAGCAAAAAUACUAAAUGAAGGAUUGUUCGUUAAGUCGGUGCGCGAAAUUAUACGCUAAAGGCCACUAGACUAGUAGUGCAAAAAGAAAAGGUUGGAUAAGUAAGCAUGUGUAUAGGGGGGUAUGCUUUCACUGCGAAAAACGAAGGAAGCUCGAAAAAAGUUGCAAUACAUGAAGAGACAAAACAAAGUUUAUUUAGCAAAAGCCUACUAAGCCUGCAACACACACUACGAAGCGUGCGUGAAGGGGCGCAUCAGAUCGCUUAAAGUGAACGCUACACGUAGCAGAGGAUGUUAACUAAAACCCGCUGGUCGUCUGUCGAACCGGUAUCGAGUAAAUUCUGCACGGGACUGUACGAAAGAUUCGCAGCUUUAUAGAGGACUGCACUAAAGGAAAGGAUGAAUAAAACACACAUUACACGGGAAUACACAGUAGCAGGAAAGAUAGGGCUGCGUAUCUGUGUGCAUACGAGAACGAACUCUACAUUAGCUUCCUUUUACAAAUUAACAAGAGAAAACACAACAUAAAAGCGAGCGAAACACCCAAUACAGCUCGCUCGCGUUUACGGCAUAAUUGUAAAGUGGGUUAACACUAGUUGAGCUAACAGCUAGCAGUGAAAGUCGCAAAGUGUUUGCGAGAAAACUGGGGGAAGGAAAAUCCUCAGUAAAAAUGCGAAUGAAGCAGCAAUUGAAUUGGAAGCGUGACGUGCUUGGUGCAACCAGAGGGAAGCUAAUACCUAAUUUGUGGUAUAAUAAAACUUAUUACAUUUUCUGUAA